GACCAUGAUCGCGAGGAGCAGUUAAUCUACCAUUCUCCUGCCCUUAUACUAUCAUUCUCACCUUGUCAAGAAGAACAAGUUCGAAAGGGCGCACCUUUGUGACACGCGUUCCGCAUUCAGCUCUUCUUCUUCGGCCUUCGGUUUUCAUUUUUCAAAGCUACAAACUGCAAAUCCUCAAUAAUCUUCCCUCGGACAAGCACAGAUGGGGACUGGAGAUGAAGUAGUGGAAAUCGAGAGCUUAGAGAGAAGUUUGUUACCGGAAUCCGUUACCGGAGAACAGGAGUCCGAGGCAGUCGAUGAGCCGGUUCUUUACGCGGCGUCGUUUGGAGAGAUGGAAGAAGAAUUCGUUAAAUACCAAACGGCUCAAUGGGGUUUAUACUCGUUGGUUUUAGUGUUAGCUUGGGGUAUUGGGUUGUUCAUGCUCUUAUACAUUCCUGUUCGAAGAUACAUCCUGCGUAAAGAUAUUCGAUCCCGAAAGCUUUAUCUUACUCCCAAUUCAAUCGUUUACAAAGUUACAAGGCCAGUGCCAAUACCUUGUUUUGGGGUUUUAAAGAAAGAGAAGCAUGUUCUAUUACCCUCAGUUGCAGAUGUUGUAAUUGAACAAGGAUAUUUGCAGUCCUUCUUUGGUGUUUACUCACUCAGAAUUGAGAACGUUGGUCUGAGGAGACCUCCUAGUGAUGAUUUACAAAUCCAAGGAAUGGUUAACCCGAGUGCUUUUAGGAAGGCUGUUUUGACACGCCUUUCGAAUAUGAGGACCGAGGUCUUCUCCCGACAAGUUUCUGCAAUUGAAGAUGCUCCAAAUUCAAAGAUUCUUUCACCAUCUGCUUGGCAUUCUCCACGUAAGCAUGAUGUUGUUCCUCCUUCAGGGGAUCUUGCUUUACUACAGAAACUAGAGGAGGUUGGGAGUUCUGUGAAGAGAGUUCAAUCAUUGAUUGAGGAACAGCAUGGUCAAGCAUCGGAAACUGCUGCUUGAGAAAACAGCAGAGCAGGCCGCAAGACCAAACUAAGCAGCCUUAAGGAGUCAUGCAUUUUUUAAUGACGCCAUUUGUACCUUUGUUCCCAUUUACUGCAUUAAGCCCUACUAAUGUGGAUGGCAUCAAGGUUUUUAGUGAGAUUUUAUUUAUAUUUUUUCUUGUAAUAACAUUUCUCCAUUUAUUGUGGUCAGUCUUUACUUCAUUUCAUUGCAAUGGAUAGGUUUAACCAAAACUGGAGAGGUUAGUUUUGUCAUUUUACAGGGCAGUCAUUUGAAUUUGGUGAAGAUUUUGAUGUAUUCAUGUAUUUCUAUCGUGUUAAUGUUAUUUUUGUGACAUUAUGCAUUUUGAUUAUUUUUGGUCA